CUGAGCAAGCAUCAGUCCCAAACCAAAACCCGGCGCUUCACAUCGUGCUCCGCAGUCGCAAGACCAUGUCCUUAGCGGAAGGCGUGUCAGACACCGACCACAGGCCCGAGACGCAAGAAGACAAGAACGGGAAGAAGAAGGAAGUGAGACGGGGGCAGAUGUCAGACUCGUUCAUGUGGAAGGAGCAAAUCCACACUUUAAUGAAGGGCGGAGAGAGCGAGUCCGACAUAUCGGACUCUGAGAACUUCCUCACCAAAGGCGCGUUCCUUCUCACUCCCUCACACGGCCUCAGCAUGGAAAAGGCGUCCACCAUCUGCGAGAAAAUGGAGUUUAAAGGCUGCUUCUCGCUUACGAAGACGGCGACGGGAAUUCUGUUCAAGUUUUCUCAUGUGGAUGAUUACCAGAUGGUGUUCAAGAAGGGAUUCCAUAAGGUCACGGGGUCCAGAUUCUAUAGGAAGAUCGCAAUCCCCUGCCGCCCUCAAAAGACGUUCACGAUCUAUGUGUACGAUAUCCCGGACGAGGUGCCGGAGGAAGACGUCCGCCACGCGCUGUACAAGUUCACGUCCGUAGUGGAGGUGCUGCGGCUGCAUUUCUCUGGGUCUCCACGAGAAGGCACCUCCACUCCCAAGCCGCAUGACAAGCCGUCGAGGGCGCUCACCACCAUCGAUGGGGAGCUUGUCAGCAGCAUGGUGCCAAAGGAGGCAACAAGCGUGCUCCGCGUGACGCUGGCCAAUAUUGAAGAAGCCAAUAUUCUUCUGCAGAACGGCUUAGACUUCUACGGCGCCACCUACUUCCCUACAGAGCUGGCCACUCCCGCGCAGGCCGCUAAGCUUAUCAAACCUAGCAGGGUAACAGGAGGAACUGUCUCAGCUCGCGUACGAGAUCUCCUUCCAGUCUUCGACCAGGCCGGCUUUACCAAGUUCAACCCCCCAGCCUCCCGCCUCGUCAAACCCAGGUCCAAUAAGUAACCAGAAAACCAGGGGCAAAACUUACCGAACGAAAGCAAAAUAGAUCUGAGACUUUCUGAGAUAUCUUUGUUCAGAAUUCGAAUCUGUUCAUCUUUAGCUUCAGAUCAGUUGGGCAUCUACAUACCUAUAACUUCAUUAGUUUGUUAGUCUAUUUGCCUCUCCAUCACUUGAGUGUGCAAUGAUAGAGAGGUAGAUGGCAGAAUUUAAAUUUCCAAUUUUCAUAGUAGACCCUCUGAUCUCGGAUUUUCAUAGACAUGUCUACGUUCAAACUUUCUCGAAUCUGUGCAACUUUUGCGCUAGAUUCUUCAGUCGGUGACGUCUUGCCCCGCUUUUCAUCAAUACUUUUAAUCGGGACAUCUAUCAUCGGGACAUCUGUCAUCGGGACAUCAUCAGCUGGGACAUUCACCAAGACUUCAUCAUAUUCAUCCGGACAUUUUCAUCAAGACAUCAUUCUGAAUAACCAAAAAAAUAAUCAAUUGUCUCAAGAUCUCUGAACAUUUACAUAACUUACGCAAUUAUAUGCUGCCUGCGGGAAACAUCACGUAUCUUGUCAUGAUCAUCAUCAUCUAUUUCCUUUAUUAAUAUUUUAUUUACUAAAAUAAGAUCUAUUAUUGCAGCGUAUGAAGAUCUGAUGGGACAGCACACACGAAAGUAACAUUUAAAACGUAACUACACUAAUUGUAAAUACAAUACAAUACACACUAUAUACAACUAGUUAAACCCCGCUCUUGUCGAACUCAAAAAUAACAAAACACUCAAGAAUAGAAGACUGGUGGUUUUGCUAUUAAAAAGCCGCAGGCACCUAUAUUAACUUAUGCCUGACAGGUGUUUAAUAAUUCAAUUCCGAUCAUUUUAAUAUAGGUUAGGCCUCGCAUAAACUUGUAUAGGUAUCAUAAAGUAAGAAAAAGAUAGGCACACAACAAGACUCGUAAAGACAUGAAAAUCAGCGCCAUUUUAAAUCUUCGUCCUUUCUGCGUGUGUAAUAAUGCGAGGC